AUGUUUGUUCCCUUGCCGGUGCCGUUCGUCUUUCAGAGAACUGCUUCCGACUUCAGCGCCUGGCGUCUCAAGUCCCCGCUGGCUCUACGCUCCAGCUCCGAUAUCAUGAUGUCAAAACCAGCAGAGGAUGAGAAGCCUGGGGCAGACUUUCCAGGGGAGAGCACAGACUCUGAGAGGAACAGUCCUGAUGCCAAUGAUCAGGUUCAGCCAAUGAAAACGAGUCCCUUCAGUCUUUCUCCUACCUUGAGCAGCAUCAAGAGUAAAAGUGAGGCAGUACCUGAGAUGAUCUCCACCCAUGUGCCGCCUCCUUCCCAGCAGCAGACGCCUCACCCUCACACACAACUCAUGUUGGCAGGGAGUCAGCUGGCAGGGCUGGCUGCCCUCUUGCCUGCGCAGCAGCAGCUGUUGCUUCAGCAGGCCCAGGCUCAGCUCCUGGCCGCCGCGGUGCAGCAGUCCAAUGCGGCUCACGCUGCUCAUGCCGCUCACGCAGCCGCCCAAGCCAAUCAGCAGCAGCAGCAACAACAGCUGACCAAACAGGAGCAAGCCCCGCCCCAGCUCACCCUCUCUCAGCCUAUCCAGCUCACCGCCCAGGAUAUCCAGCAGCUGUUGCAGCUGCAGCAGUUAGUCCUGAUGCCCGGCCACCACCUGCAGUCUCCUCAGUUCCUCCUGCCUCAGGCCCAGGGACAACAGGGGCAGCAGGGUUUGCUCUCGACACCUAAUUUAAUUCCGCUACCUCAACAUCAGCAAAGCCAGGGGAGUCUUCUAACUAUUCCACCCAGGCUGGGACUACAAGCACAGAGGGACAAGAGCGGGGACGGCGGGGUGACCUCCGGGGCCUCGGCAGCCCCCAUGACCUCAGUGACCUCUGGCCCUCACGGCGAGGAGCCCAGUGACCUGGAGGAGCUGGAGCAGUUCGCCCGCACCUUCAAACAGAGACGCAUCAAACUGGGCUUCACACAGGGUGACGUAGGCAUGGCGAUGGGGAAACUGUAUGGGAAUGACUUCAGCCAGACCACAAUCUCUCGCUUCGAGGCCCUAAACCUGAGCUUUAAGAACAUGUGCAAGCUCAAGCCUCUGCUUGAGAAGUGGCUAAACGAUGCGGAGACCAUGGCGAUAGACAGCAUGCUUCCCAGCCCGAACUCUCUCUCCUCCCCCAUGAUGGGGUUUGAGGGCAUGCCGGGGCGUCGCAGGAAGAAACGCACCAGCAUCGAGACCAACGUCCGCGUGGCCUUAGAGCGCAAUUUCAUCUUGAACCAGAAGCCUAACUCAGAGGAGAUUCUCCUGAUGGGAAAGCAGCUCAACAUGGAGAAGGAGGUGAUUCGGGUCUGGUUCUGCAACCGGCGCCAGAAAGAGAAGCGCAUCAACCCUUGCAGUGCCACCCCUCCCCUGCCCAGCCAGCCCCCUUCCAUGACGCACAAAACCCCCUGCUACAGCCCGCACAUGGUGUCCAGUCAGGGGCUGCACCAGGCUGCCACCAGCCUCAGCACAACAGUGACCAGUCCAUUACCCUCGGUGACCUGCCCUCUGACCCCCUGUGGCUCUGCAGCCACCAGCUCCACCCCCUCCUCUAGGACUCCGCCUCCACACAGCACAGCCAGCCCCGCUCCUUCCACCCUCAGUACCCACAGCCUGAACGCUGGGAACACAAUGAUGAGAGUAAGCACAGGGAUGAACCAGGCUCUCGUCAGCAGCAAUCACCUGGCCACAAUGCAAGCUCUGGCUGCCAGUGGUGGGCAGCUGCCCAUUUCCAGUCUUGAGGCCGGAGGUCAGAUGAUCCUGGGCGGGGCGGGGGUUCGCCCCUCCCUAUUCCUCAACCGCCACACCCUCCUGCCUAUGGCGUCCCACCAAGUCGGCGUGGGUUUGGUCGGCGGUCCCAGGGGAGCCUCUCCACCCCCCGGCGCCAGCGGGAUGGACGUCGACUCCUGCUCCGCCUCUCCCUGCUCCAGCCCCGCCUCCUUCGGCUCGUUCAGCGAAGCCUCACCGCCGUCACUUGGCGGGGCCAUGGCCGAGUGACGACGACACAACCCAAAGGAUCCUAUCAGAAGGAGGAGGAGGAGUUUUAGUGGAGCUUUACAGAAACACCUCACCUUUCAACCAAAGCCAUCUCUCUCUCCCUCCAUUUGUCGUCUCCGCUCUCUCUCCCGGAGUCUUUCAAAGCCAAAAAAAAUACACAGAUUGAAAGAGGAAGAAGAGAGCGAGGAAGAAUGGAGAGGAGGAGAGAACAGGAGAAUGGUGGAGAUUUAAACCAAAAAAAAAAAUAUCUAUACAGUUGGAGAGGUGGCAUUGUGGAACACAGUGAAUGCUAAUGUACAUUUAUUCCUUUCUCUGGAAAAUAAGAAAUGAGCUGAAAAACCUGAUGAAAAAGAGGGCAGGGAUGAGAACUGAACUAAGACUGAGAGAGAGAUGGGUGGCAAGGACAGGAAAAGAAGGAAAGAAAAGACUUUCAACAAGCUUCAGCAGAUGGAUGGAAAGAAAACCACGUUUUUAAAAAACCUACAGGGGAAAAACACACAAGACAAAAAUGACAAACAUGCCACAAUCUCCAAAACCGAAAUACCAAAAACUGAAACCAAAAAAACGGAGAGAAAAGCUUUACUUAAAAGACUUAUGAUUCUGAUCUGUCCAGGAUCAGCACAUCAACCACACUUAACAAGGCCAAAAACAUGUAUCAUUUCAUCAUAAUAUAUUAUUUUAAAGUUUUGUUUUCAACACUUUUACAACGCUUAUUUUUAGUAUUUUAUAUGAUUUGAGCUUUGGGUUAUGUCAUAGCAAAUGAUUUGAUAUAGAUAUCUUAGUAGUGUCAGUUCUCCCACAUAUCUCUACCUACCUCUCUAGUGGCUCUACAGUUUUAACCUAGUUACAGUAUUAAACUGUGUUGUGGAUUUAGCAGUCACCUCAGACUAAUAACAAUUAGUAACUUUCCAACUUAUUUUGUGGUUUAUUUUCUUAUUUCUGAUUUUUCUAAUGAUCAUCGUAAUUAUCAUCAUCCUCAUUAGGGUUAUUAUCUUCAAUAUUUGUUUAAUAUGAUGAGAUAUUUUUCUUUUUCUAGGCAGGUCAGUUAAGAACAACAUCUUAUUUACAAUGACGGCCUACCCCGACCAAACCCGGAUGACGCUGGGCCAAUUGUGCGCCGCCCUACGGGACUCCCAAUCACGGCCGGUUGUGAUACAGCCUGGAUAUUAUUGCCUCCUUUGUUUCAUAACUUAUUUUAUACAGUGGAUUCAAAUUAUUGACACCCUUGAUAAAGAUGAGCAAUAAUGACUCUGUAAAAUGAAUGACUAAAAUACUGGGCUAUAUUGUAUGCAACAAAAAAAAGGGAAGUUAUGUUAUACGAGUAAUUGCUCAGAGAAAGAGAUUCUGUUUAACUAGCAAUACAAAAAAAUACAAAUAAAGAUAGGGGUCAAAAUUAUUGGCAACCCUGUUUUCAAUACUCCAGCAUCCUCCCCUUGUGAGGAUAAGGACGCUGAGCCUUUUUCUAAAAUGUUUUAUGAUAUUGGAGAACACGUUGGGAGGGAUCUUUGACCAUUUCUCCAUACAGAAUCUCUCCAGAUCCUUGAUAUAAUUUGUCUGCGCUUAUGGCCUUCCAUCUUCAAUUCAAACCACAGGUUUUCAAUGGGGUUCAAGUCUGGAGACUGAGAUGGCCAUAGCAAAAUGUUGAUGUGUGGUCAAUUAACCAUUUCUUUAUGGAUUUUGAUUAGUGGUUGGGGUUAUUGUCUUGCUGGAAUAGUCCCAUAACAUCAAUGAUCCACCACCCUAUUUUACCAUAUGAGGAAUGUUUUCACCACUGGUGUGCUUGGCCAAAGAGAUUCCUUUUCAUGUUAUCUGAAUAUAGAGCUCUUUGGCCAAGCACACCAGUGGUGGGUUUGGUGUUGAAAAACCGAAGCAUAUGCGUAAAAGUACCUCAUACCAAUGGUAAAAUAUGGUGGUGGAUCUUUGAUGUUAUGGGGCUAUUUUGCUUCCACUGGUCCUGGGGCCCUUGUUUUAAGGUCAACGGCAUCAUGAACUUUACCAAGUACCAGGGCAUUUUAACCGAAAACCCGGUUGCCUCUGCCAGGAGGCUGACACUUGGCAGCAAGUGAAACUUCCAGCAAGACAAUUACCCCAAGCGCUAAUCAAAAUCCACAUAGAAAUGGUUAAUUGACCACAAAAUCAACAUUUUGCAAUGGCCAUCUCAGUCUCCGGACUUGAAUCCCAUUGAAAAAUUGUUGUUUGAAGGCUCAGUGUAGUUAUCCUCACAAGGGGAGGGUGCUAGAGUAUUUUAAACAUUCAUUCUGACCACUAUCUUUUUUAGAUUUUCUUGUAUGACAUGUUAAAAAAGAUAUAUUUCUCUGAGCAAUUGUAUUAGUGUAAAAUAUAAUUUCUCCAGGUUUAAAAAAAUAAAAAUAGCUUAGUAUUUUUAUAAUUUAUUUUAUACCGUUUUUUUAAUCACCUUUAUCAAGGGUGCCAAUAAGGAUGGACCUGACUGUAUAUGAACACCAAAAUGUACUCUACUGCCUGUUGCUUCAAGCACACACACACACACACACACACACACUACACUAGAAUGUAUUGAGAUGUUGAACUAAAAUAGUCCUUUAUGCCUUUCAUUAUAUUUGUUUGUCUGUUUUUUUAAAUACACUACCGUUCAAAAGUUUGGGGUCACUUAGAAAUGUCCUUGUUUUUGAAAGAAAAGCUAUUUUUGUCUAUUAAAAUAACAUCAAAUUGAUCAGAAAUUCAGUGUAGACAUGGUUAAUGUUGUAAAUGACUAUUGUAGCUGGAAACGACUGAUUUUUAAUGGAAUACCUACAUAGGCGUACAGAGGCCCAUUAUCAGCAACCAUCACUCCAGUGUUCCAAUGGCACCUUGUGUUAGCUAAUCCAAGUUUAUCAUUUUAAAAGGGUGAUUGGUCAUUAGAAAACCCUUUUGCAAUUAUGUUAGCACUGCUGAAAACUUGUUUUGAUUUAAUAAUAAAACGGGCCUUCUUUAGACUAGUUGAGUAUCUGGAGCAUCGGCAUUUGUGGGUUCGAUUACAGGCUCAAAAUGGCCAGAAACAAAGCACUUUCUUCUGAAACUCAUCAGUCUAUUCUUGUUCUGAGAAAUGAAGGCUAUUCCAUGCAAGAAAUUGCCAAGAAACUGAAGAUUUAGUACAACGCUGUAUACUACUGUGUACUACUACUUCUGAUCAAUUUGAUGUUAAUUUAAUGGAUAAAUAAUGAGCUUUUCUUUCAAAAACAAAGACAUUUCUAAGUGACCCCAAACUUUUGAACGGUAGUGUAUAUAAUUUCCAUAUAAUUCCACCAACUUCAUAUCAUUCACUUCCAGUCAGUCACUCUUGGAUACCAAAGCAUUGUUUCUCCCGACUGGAAGAGCCGGGAAACAAGUGUUCAGACAGAAACCUCAGCAGUGUCAAAAACCAAACAUCCAAUAACAGGACGACUCCACACCAAAAAAAAGUGACAGCGUCCCUCCCAGUCCCCAACCCCCUGCCCUCCAUCCCCUCUGUCCCUCUCCUUUGCCUCGAAAGAUGGGGUGAAAGGGCCAAAAAAGAAGAGAAGAAAACAAGAAGACUACCCAGAGAAGUCAAAGGUAAAAAAAGGAUCUGUUGAAAACUGCAGGGGAAAACCGAGGAGAAAGCUGGAACGGAGGACCCAAACCAAAAAAGAACCUAACCAAAACCUCCGUAUGAGCAACUAAACUGAACAGAUAAGAAACCAAAAACCAAAUACAACAGGUUGUAGACAAAGAGGAGGAGGAAGAGAGAGGAAGGGUCAAGCCCUGUCUGUCUGUCACAGUCUGAGACAGAGGCUUUCCCUCUCAUUCUCUCCUCCCUCCUCCAUUUGUGACCUCCUUUGUUCACCCUUUUCCUGGACGGAAUAGCUAAUGACCUCGUGGAACUGAAUUUCAAAAUAUAUAUUUUUCGUUUUUGCUUUUCAUGGUCUGUCUGUCGAUUGCUGUAUGACUUUGUCUCAUUGCUUUCUACUUGACUGGGUGAUUUAUUGCCUAUUUUCAUAUCUUGUCUGGGUUAUUUUUUGUUGUUGUGCUUUUUUCAUUAGGUGGUUGGAAAGAAUACUGUGAAAAUGUAGCUUCCAAAUCUUUCUUUGAUCAAGAAUGUCGUGAAAAAGCCAAAACUGAAUACCAAAAGCGAAACUUUUUGACGCAGACAUACCAAAUACCAACCAAACCAAUGCACAAUUGUCAGAGAGGAACAGUUGGAUAACUGUGUUUGUGCUAGGUUUUCUGGAUAGAUAUAUAGAAAGACUGGUAGAGCAAGAAAGGUACUGUGCGAGCGUGUGCAUUCAGGCAUGCUUCCAUACAUGAUUGCCCGUAUACCUGUGUGUGAGAUAUGGAUGGUGUGUAUGUGACAGGAGAGGAAAAGUGAGAUCGAAUGAGUGUGUGGAAAGAUUUAUUCUCUUGCAUAUUAACCAACCCAUAAAGAUUCAGUAUACACUGUUCUGUCUAGUGUACCACAGAAUAGUGUUUGAUAAAGGCAUGGAACUUCACGAGUGAAAUGAAGCAUACUUGGGCACAUAUAGGCAGAUAUUAAAGGCAACCAAUGAUAAUAUUGUGGGCAGGGGUGGGCGGAAAUCAACUGAAAACCAGUUGACAGACACUUUUAGAGGGGAUGUAUCUGUUAGUGCUUCAAUAGAUUUUGUAGGAAAAAAUAUAUAUGUUCUACUGCUUAUUUAUUGCUAAUGUAUAAAAGGCUGUGAAGUGAUCCUUGAUACAAAUGUUGAUGAUAACAAUGACUUGAUUUUAGACCAAAAGCUUUAAACUAUCUCUUUGGGGAUCUUUGUUUGAAGAUGUGUAUUUAUUCAUGUUCAGGGGAGGAUACAUUUCUUUGCAAAUGAUUUGUACGUUAUGAACUCUCACCUGUUUAUUUAUUGAUUCAUUCUUUUAUGUAAUUUAUUUGUUCUAUUUCUGGAUUGGGACCUUUGAGGUUCUAUUUUGGAGAGAGGUGAUCUUGAGAUUAAGACAAGAAGACAAAAUGCUUUAAAACACAAAGAAAAAGGCAGAGCUUUAAAACAAAAACUGAAACCAAAUGUAAAGACUGUGGGUGUCAUCUCAUUGCCCAUGUCAACUGAUUAAAACCCUAACCUAACGGAGAGGAAGAGAGGGAGAGCCUAUCAAACUGAUCCAUGAAAUGGGUACAUUUUAGAGUUACAGUGGCCCCUGAAUUUUCUCCUUUCUCUUUUCUGCUUACACCUGUGAGUGUCAAUAGGAGUUCAGACACGUCUAGAUGCCUCUAGAUGUUCACACUUUCUCCAGCUCGCCCUUUCUCUCUCUCUCUCUCUCUCUCUCUCUCUCUCUCUCGCUGUCUGGUCCCGUCUUUCAUUUCAAGGCGAGGGCGACGUCAUAUAUACCUCGUAUUCUUUGAUGAAAAACCAAAUAGACAGAAGCUUUAAUAAGACGUGUGACCCUGGUCGUCUUGGCUCAGGAGAGGGAUACAAGAAGUGGCCUGGCUAUUGAGUUUGAUGAACAAGCCUUUAGAACACUUUAUUUUUAAACGGUUUUAAAAAAGACGUUUGUAAGCAGUUUCCUCUGUUUUAUAGGUCACUCCGCAGAAGUAGAUGCACCACUCCUCUCUCCUUCAGUGGGUCUUUGAUUUCUGUUGACAAUGUUGUGAGGGUACUGGAGGUGUUUAUGGCAAUGUUUCUUCUGAGAAGGUGUGUGUGGGAUAUUAACAUGAUGCUAAUAGUGUACAGUAUGUGUGCCUGUGUAGGGCUCUCCUGUGGUGGACCGAGAAUGAUACCAAAGUCAAACCACCACAGUGAGACCACACACACAAAACACUCACACACACACACAGUUAAUCCAUGUGUAUAUAAACAUUCAGGAGUCUUCAUAAAGACUGUAAAUGCUACAUAAUGGUGUUUAUUACCCUUCAUUGACAUCAAAAGACAUACUACUGUCUUCAAGAGCACUUAAUGCUAUGAAGCAAUGCGCCUUGAAUUGUGACCAUUUUAUACUGUAGUUAUAAGUGGCUAUGAAUGUUUGUUGUAUGUGCUUAUUAAGAAUAUCCUCAAUUUAUAGGUCUCCAUGAACUAAGAUAUUUCUUUGGCCUUGAGAACACAAAUAUGUCUGAACGUCACAUCAAAUCAAAGUGGAUAUAGUAAAAGAGAGAACAAACAGUGAAUUUGGCACAUAUUCUUUGUUUAUUUUUUAAACAUGUUUUUUUCUACAGUACAGCUUAAAUCCAAAGGUAAUUUCAUUAGUACGGCAAAGAAAGAUUUUACUAAUGAAAACCUCAAUAGUGAAAACCAAAGAACUCCACCAACCUUUUUACACAUAAAAAAUUCCCAUUUUUCUUUUUGAUGGUAAAAACUCAAAAAGUUCUCUUUAAUACAAUGUUUGAUGAUGAUGAUAACUAUGAUGCUGAUGAUGAUAACUAAAACACUGCUCUCUAACUUUGUAUCUGUUACGACCCAUUUCAUUUCUGUUUGUGAGUAACCUGCUUUUACCUCAAGUUUCUCUCUGAGUUAGUAACCCGUUUUUUAAAUUUUGUUCCCAACUGUUAGCCUGUCCCUUAUUCAUCACUAUGGGUGUGCCUGUUGUUUGGGGGGGAGGGGGACAAAUGAAACAGUAAGUGUUAGGAAUAAAGUGCGAAUUUAGACCAA